AUGGCUAAUAUCCAGCGGGUCGUUAUCUCGCUGAUAGUCAUCUUGACCGCUGCCUUCUUGUUCAUGGGACAGACAGCGCAGGCAGCGAAAGGUCCCAAGAUUACCCACAAGAUCUUCUUUGAUAUUGAGCACGAUGGCCAACCGCUAGGCCGGAUUGUUAUGGGUCUCUACGGUAAGACCGUGCCAAAGACCGCAGAGAACUUUCGAGCACUCGCCACAGGCGAGAAGGGCUUCGGCUACGAAGGAUCGACCUUCCACCGCGUCAUCAAACAGUUCAUGAUUCAGGGUGGUGACUUCACAAAAGGCGACGGCACUGGCGGCAAGUCGAUCUAUGGUGACAGGUUUGAAGAUGAGAACUUCAAGUUGAAGCACACGAAGAAGGGCCUAUUGAGCAUGGCCAAUGCGGGAAAGGACACAAACGGGUCACAGUUCUUCAUUACCACCAUUGUUACAAACUGGCUUGAUGGGCGUCAUGUUGUCUUUGGCGAAGUGCUGGAGGGCUACGAUGUUGUCGAGAAGAUCGAAAACGUACCCAAGGGAUCGGGUGACCGUCCAGCCAAACCUGUCAAGAUAGUCAAGAGCGGAGAGCUGCCUGUGCCACCCGAAGAACAACCGAUCUAUUCGACCGUACAUCCCGAAUAUGGGGAUGACGACGAUCAAGAGGAUGAUUCUGGGACAAAACUGCCUAUAGCAGACGACGAGACGGAGGCACCACCCGAGGGAUUGCCCACAAUUGGGGAAGUAUCUGGCCCUACUGAAGGUCUAGCUACCCAAGCAUACGUGCAGAAGGCAGUGCUCUUUCUUCUGAUCAUGGCGGUCGUUUUGUACGUAGUUCGCAGACGCAGAUCGCAGUCCCAAAAGCUGGACGAUAAAAGCAUGGCAUGA